GAGAAGCAAAUUGAAAAAAUAAGCCUUAAGCUCCAACCAGUUCCAGAAAAUAAACGAAGUCUUUUAAGGGAAAGAAAGCGUCAUCUAAAGUUAGUAAAUCAACGACGACAACCAAAGAAGAAUAAAGGUCGUAAAAGUGAAAAAUACUAUUUAGAAAACCCAAAGGAAAUAUCAGCUGAAAACCCUUUCGAGAAGGAUGUUGAAGCCAUGCAAAUCGAAAAGAACGGAAAGUAUCGCCAGGCUGAAGGUGCUAGGCCUCGACAGAAAGCGAAACUCAAGGGAGAUAACCACGAUGAACACUUGAUAGCCGAAAAGCCUGGUGGAACAAAAAGGAAUUUUGUCUUAAACCAGUGGUAUAUAUGGCCAAAAGGAAUUAUACCUUAUGAAAUAGCAGCAAAUACGUAUACUGUAGACGAAGAAAAUGCAAUUUAUUCGGGUAUUAAACAGUUUGACAACCUAACUUGUAUCAGAUGGGUCCAAAGAGAUGACCCACAAGCUUCAUUUGACAAUCUGGGUCACAACGAGUAUGUCAGGAUAAUGAGUGAAUUACCAGAUUAUAGUGGAUGUAGAUCGUGGGUGGGAAAAGUAGCUAGUGUUUUAAGUACAAAUCCAUACCAGUCACUUACUCUUACUCCAGGCAACUGUAUGUCGAGAUCUACAGUAGUUCACGAGAUGUUACAUGCUUUGGGUGCUCACCAUGAACAAAGUCGACCAGACAGAGAUAGUUACUUAAAUAUUCAAUGGCAAGAAAUCAGAGAGGAAAAACGGCACAACUUUGAUAUUGAUAACGUUGCAACAGAUGUUUCAUAUGAUGGGUCAUCAGUUCUGCAGUACAGUGUAUAUGCUAGUUCGACUAACGGUGGAAAGACUAUACCAUUCAUUGACUACAGAUUAGAAUUUCUUGCGAGUAUUGCUGAUGGUCUGAUGUUCUAUGAUGUACUUGAAGUUGACAAAGCUUACGGAUGUUCUGCUCAAUGUACCAAUCUUGGAUGUCAGAAUGGAGGGUUUAUGAAUUGGGAGUGCAAGUGUUUUUGCCCUGACGUGUUAGGUGGUGACACAUGUGAAUUACCAAUAUCAACCGGAAGCUGUGGUGGGGUUGUGAACGUAGGUGCUGGAGAGGAAAUAUAUGUAAACUCGCCUAACUAUCCAAACAACUAUGACACAGGUUUAAAAUGUACUUGGCUUAUACAGGGUGUGGAUAACAAUAUUUUACGUGGGACAAUUGAAGAUAUGGAUAUCAGCAAUAAUGGAAUGGCUUGCUUUCAUUGGUUGCAGUUUAGGUACAAUUUACUAGGACAGACUGGACCUAGGAGGUGUGGUACAACCAAGAAUGAACUGUGGGAUGCGACGCCAGAUGAAUUUAAGAACAAAAUGAUUAUCCAGUUCGACAGUCAUAUUGAUGAACAAACAUCAAGAGGGUUUCGAAUGAAGUUUAAAUCUAUCGGAACAGGUUGUAUAAACCAUCCAUGUAAAUUUGGAUCAUGUGACAGUCCUUUGAAUUCGGACACCUACACAUGCACAUGUAACGAAGGAUUUACAGGAGCAAAUUGUGAAGUUCUAACAGAUACUGCAUCAUUGGGAUGUACGGCAGAGAUUGGAGAGUAUUGUAUGCUGGCACAGGAUGAAACAAAUGACAACUUUGACUGGACUACCUAUACGGGUGAUACACCAACGACAUCUAGUGGACCGGAGAAUGCUGUUGAAGGAUAUGUUUACUUGUAUACGGAGGCAUCAUCACCACGAGUAGUCGGCGAAAAAGCUGUUAUGUUCACAAACAUAUCUAUGCCUAGUAUAAAGAGAUGUUUUCAUUUUUCGUAUCAUAUGUACGGGUCCCAAAUUGGCACCUUAAACGUAUACUUCGAAGAUGGACAAGGAACUAGAACGACAGUAUUUACAAAAACAGGAAAUCAAGGAAACCAAUGGUACACAGAAAGUAUGGUCAGUCCGGCAACAGAUGGACUUAAGGUAAUAUUUGAAGGUGUGAUGGGAUCAGGGAGUAGGUCUGACAUGGCAUUAGAUGAUGUAUGGCUAAAACCAUGGACUGUUUGUGGAUGCAAAGAUGAUGAAAAUCCAUGUGCAUUUGGAACGUGUAACAGUGCUUUCAACAGUAACACAUAUACAUGCUCAUGUGAUCAAGGAUUUGCAGGAACCAAUUGUGAUAUACUAACAGAAUAUGGAGUAAUAGGUUGUAAUGGUGAAGCUAAUGAGUAUUGUGUGUUAGAGCAGGAGACACAGAACGAUGACUUUGAUUGGAUAUUUACAAACGCCAGAACGCCUUCUGCUGAUACCGGCCCUGAGGCUGCAAAGGUUGGAACAGUAUUUAUGUUUAUUGAGGCGUCAAGUCCAAGACGAGAUAAUGAGAAAGCAACUAUGGUCACUAAAAUGACUUUACCAAGGGUAGAUAGAUGUCUUCGUUUUUGGUAUCAUAUGUAUGGAGAUACUAUGGGUACCGUGAAUGUAUACACCGAAAAUGCACAGGGAACACGUACUCAGAUAUUUACAAUGUCCGGUAAUCAAGGAAACCAAUGGAAUGAAACAGCCAUUUUCAUUCCAGCAAUGGAUGGUUUGAAGGUAUUUUUCGAAGGAAUUCGUGGCAGCAGCUUUGCAUCUGACAUUGCCUUAGACGACAUAAAGUUAAUACCAGGCACCUGCGAAAAUCCUCUUACAGAAUCAGAUACUACUACUACAACAACCACCACUACACCUACGACAACUACUACACCGACGACAACAACUACACCGACGACGACAACAACUACACCGACGACCACAACAACUACACCGACGACCAUAACUACUACGCCGACGACAACAACUACUACACCGACGACCACAACUACACCGACGACCACAACAACUACACCGACGACCACAACAACAACACCCACGACAACAACAACUACACCUACGACAACAACUACUACCCCGACAACAACUUCUACACCGACAACAACUUCUACACCGACAACAACUACUCCAGUUGUUACAGGUCCAGGUCCAUUAUGCAGAUGUUCUUUUCAAGCUGGCGAGACAGACUGUUGUUUACAAGAUGCGGUUGACGAUCAACUGAACUUUACAAUUAACUCCGGAUUCACAUCGUCUGUAAAUACUGGACCAAAUUCAGCUUUUGAAGGAUCUAGCUAUGCUUACAUAGAGGUAUCAGGACAAUCCAAUGGAGAUAAAGCAAGUUUGGUAUCAGAUAUUUCGUUUGAAGGUCCCGCAUAUUGUCUGUCGUUUGCUUAUCAUAUGUAUGGGAAAGAAGGAUAUAUGGGAGACUUGGUUGUUGGGACAGGAACCAGUAGUACUGGUAGUAACAUAGAUAAUGUAUUGCUGUCUAAAACAGGCAAUAAAGGAAAUGUAUGGUAUACAGCUGCUAUUGACUUCUCUGGCAGUACUGGACGAAAGCUCAUUAUAAGUGCAUCGAAAGGAUUCACUGUUCACGGUGAUAUAGCUAUUGACGAUGUAACUGUUCAUCAAGGAACAUGCAGUAACAAUGUAGAUCCAUGUUACAGUCAGCCUUGUAAUAUGGGUGGGACUUGUUUAAGUACUGGUGGUACAUUUUCAUGUAACUGUAACCAGGGUUAUCUAGAGAAUGACUGUUCUGUGAUAGAUAAGUCUAACAGUGACAACUUUCUGUGUGAUUAUGAGACAGACAUAAAUUGUAUUUUCAAUAACGUGGAAGGGGAUGAUAUUGAUUGGCGUCCAAUCGAGGGACCUACACCAAGUAGUGGAACAGGUCCAACUGCCGCUGCCUCUGGGACGAAGUACAUGUAUCUGGAGGCCUCUGUACCCAGUGAUAAAGAUGACGUUGCAGUCAUGGACACGACUAAAUAUAAACUUCCAAGUGGCGCAUUCUGUUUGUCAUUUUCCGUUCACAUGUUUGGGAAUCCUGGCAGUUUUGUUGUAUCAGCUGGUGAAAGAAAUGGCAAUAUGAACUCAAUUUUGACUAAAACUGGUGACCAAGGGGAUUUGUGGCAACAGACACAGACAACAAUUACUCCGUAUAACGAUCUCGUGAUUUCAAUUAAAGGAGUUAUAGGAACAAGCUGGCAAGGAGAUAUAGGCGUGGAUAGUAUUUCACUCACGAAAGGGCCUUGUUCAAACAUAGAUCCCUGUGGGCAAUCACCCUGUUUAAAUGGCGGACAGUGCUCCCCGAACUUCAGUGAUGGUACCUUUACAUGCACAUGUACAUCUGGAUGGGUAGGUGAUACAUGCCAGCUACAAGACGUUACAACGGGAGUUACAUUUACAUGUGAAUUUACGCCAGGCGAAAAUGAGUGUGUUUUUACUAAUACGCCAACUGGAGAUACUUUUGAUUGGACACUAACAAAUGUCAAAACACCAAGCUCUAGUACAGGCCCUGAUGUCGCAUAUUCUGGAGAAUACUACGCUUUUACUGAAGCAUCAUCACCCAGGCAGCCAAAUGAUGUGGCAACUUUUACUUCCUCAACAUUCAAACUACCAGAUUCACCAUUGUGUAUGCAAUAUCACUAUCACAUGUAUAGUGAUCCUGGUUCCUUAGUCAUCAAUGCAGGUGAAAGAGGAAACAGUGAAAAUCAAAUUGAAAUAUGGAGUGGAAACCAAGGGGACCAAUGGAAUUCGAGCAUUAUUCAGAUACCGCAAUUAUCAGAUGCAGUAAUCUCAAUAAAAGGUAUUAGAGGACCUACCAGUAAGGGAGACAUUGGAAUUGACUUGAUAACUCUACAGAAGGGACUUUGUUCAUCUCCAUGUGGCAGCUUUCCUUGUCAAAAUGGUGGAAUAUGUACAGGGAACCAGGACGGCACUUAUCAAUGUAGUUGUGAAUCUGGAUUUACUGGUUCCGAAUGUCAGUUAAUAGACAAAAGAUUAGAGACAUCAAUAGCAUGUGAUUUCGAGGACAAUGAAGUUGGUUGUAUAUUUGAAAAUGAUUUAUUUUACGAUGAUUUUGAUUGGAGGAGACGAACAGGUACGACAUCGAGCGUUAAUACAGGACCUUUAAAUGGGGCAGAAUCAGGAUCCUUCUAUAUGUAUACAGAGGCAUCCUCACCUCGGAUACAAGGCGAUUUCGCAGUAAUGGAUACUUACAAAUAUAGACUCAAAGAUUCUGCAUAUUGUCUUUCAUUCUCUAUCAACAUGAGGGGACAACCUGGUGAAUUAGUCAUUUCAGCUGAAGAACGUACUGGUAGUUGGUAUGGUGAAGUGACAUAUUCAGGACAUCAAGGGGAUGAUUGGUUUAUCGCCAAUAUCAACAUACCGCAGAUUUCAGACCCAGUGAUUUCAAUAACAGGAUUUAUAGGCAGCACUUCUAAAGGAGACAUAGCUAUUGACCAUAUGGUCUUGACAGAAGGACAAUGUUAAUUAUAUAUAAGACGAAAACGACAACAUGAACGAUGGACAAACGAUAUAUUUAAAAUUUUAAAAUAAUUUAUAAUUGUGCAGCUUAUCAUAAAUAUGAAUUUUUAUUUUAUUUCUCAAUACGAUUGUCAAUUUAGAUAUUCAACAAUGUGUUUCCAGUAAAUAUAUUGUUCAAAAUCUUAAUAAAGCUGCGCUCUACAAUGCA